UCUUUUCGGAAUGGCAACAAAAAUAUUAUUCAGUUUUGUUGUUCGAAAAAUUGUUUACGGUUGUUAAAAUAUUCAAUAAAGAUUAUUUUGAUUUAAAAUGUGGAUUAACGUUAUUUGAAGAAAACGGAGUUCUAAUUAUAAUGAUUAAUUUGGUGUCAGAAGCCAAUACAUGCACCAUCUACUUUACUUAACUCUGAUCAUUCCACCUUCUAUCCUGAAAUUUUAAUAUCUCGCAAAAUGCCAUGUAUAAGCCUUCAGUGCUAUCUUAUAUUUCCCAAGUGACCCUCAGAGGUUUUCCACUAUAUAUGAGUACAAGGUAUAUUAGAAAAUGUAAUGCGGAGAAAGAAACUUCUUAAAAGAGCUCGAAUUACCGAACAAAAAUACCUCCUGCAUUCGAGGUAUGUAAACCUCAUUUAGACAGAAGCAUGAAAUGAAUCUGCAUUUGCUUCUUAUUGCAGGAUAUGAUGUAAUCAUAAUGUGAGGUAUGUAAUACAUCAUUUGCCGACAUCUCAAGUUUCAAAGUCCAUAUGCUUGACAAAUAUUCUAUGUAUUUAUCAUGUGUAUGCCGCGUGUAACAACUCAUUUAGAAUAAUAGAGUUAUUUAAACAAUUAUAUAGUUUUUGACACAGGAAACAAACCUCUUGUCUCAGGUAUGCAAGAAGUCAUUUAGACAGUAUGGUAUUUUAGACAAACAUCUGCAUGUACAUACCAGAGAAGAAAAUUGUGUGUAAGGCUUGUAAGAAUUCAUUUGGACGAAAGAGCAUUUUAAACAUACACAUGCUUAUUCAUGCAGGAAAGAAACCUCAUGUGUGUGAGGUAUUUAACAAGUCUUUUACUCAAAAAGGUCAUUUAAACAACCAUAUACUCUUUCACCCAGAAGAGAAACCUCAUGUGUGUGAGGUAUGUAACAAGUCAUUUGCUCAAAACUAUGAUUUAAACAGACAUAUGCUUAUUCACACAGGAAAGAAACCUCAUGUGUGUGAGAUAUGUAAUAAUUCAUUUACUCGAAAAGGUGAUUUAAACAGUCACAUGCGUAUUCACACAGGCGAGAAACCUCAUCUGUGUGAGAUAUGUAAUAAGUCAUUUGCUCAAAAAGGUGAUUUAAACAAACAUGUACUUAUUCACACAGGAGAGAAACCUCAUAUUUGUGAGAUAUGUAAUAAGUCAUUUGCCGGCAAACGCAAUUUAAACAAUCAUAUACUUAUUCAUACAGGAGAGAAAUCUCAUGUUUGUGAGAUAUGUAAUAAGUCCUUUACUCUAAAAUGUAUUUUGAAAAGACAUUUACUUACUCACACUGGAGAGAAACCUUAUGUGUGUGAGAUAUGUAAUAAGUCAUUUCUUCAAAAAAGUCGUUUAAACAAUCAUAUACUUAUUCACACAGGAGAGAAAUCUCAUGUUUGUGACAUAUGUAAUAAGUCAUUUACUUUAAAGUCUAGUUUAAAAAGACAUCUACUUACUCACACUGGAGAGAAACCUCAUGUGUGUGAGAUAUGUAAUAAGUCAUUUGUUCGAAAGAAUCGUUUACAUGACCAUAUGCUUAAUCACACAGGGGAGAAACCUUAUAUAUGUGAGGUAUGUAACAAGUCGUUUGGUCAAAAGAGUUGUUUAAAAACCCAUAUGCUUUAUCACACAGGAAAGAAACCUCAUUUGUGUGAGAUAUGUAAUAAGUCAUUUACUCAAAGAGGUGAUUUAAACAAACAUGUACUUAUUCACACAGGAGAGAAACCUCAUGUGUGCGAGAUAUGUAAUAAUUCAUUUACUCAAAAAUGUCACUUUAAAAGCCAUAUGUUUAUCCACACAGGAAAGAAGCCUCAUGUGUGCGAGGUAUGUAACAAGUCAUUCGGUCAAAAGUGUCGUUUAAAAAGCCAUAUGCUUAUUCAUACAGGAGAAAAUCCUCAUGUAUGUGAGAUAUAUAAUAAGUCAUUUGCUCUGAAAGGUAUUCUUAACAAACAUGUACUUAUUCACACAAGAAAGAAACCUUAUGUUUGUGAGGUAUAAAAUGAGUCGUUUGCUGAAUUUAAUUUAAACAACCAUAUCCUUAUUCAUGCAGGAGAGAAAUGUCAUGUUUGUGAGAUAUGUAAUAAGUCAUUUAAAAUUUAUUUUUAAAAAGCAUUCACUUAUUCACACAGAAGUGAAACCUUACAUCUGUAAGAUAUGUAAUAAGUCAUUUAGGUGCAAGGAUAAGUUAAGUUAUAUGCUUAUUCACAUGGGGAAGAAACCUCAUGUUUCUGAGGUAUGUAAUAAUUCAUUUACUAAAAAUUCUAAUUUAAAAAAGAUUAUACUUUUUGUUGCUAGAGAGAAACUCCAUGAUUUACAUGUGUAACAAAUCACUUAUAUGACAGAAAAAAUGAAAGAUGCAUGCCUGCAGCUAACAGAAGGCCAGUGUCUUAUAUGGAAAGGUUUGAUUACUAAGAACUUUUACUUAUCUGUGCAGCAAUGUAUUGUUCCUGCUAUAAAGAAAUAUCGGUAAAAUCCUAGUAUACGGUGCAGCCUCUGCGUGAUUUUGAAAGUUAAUGCAACACCAGAAAUGACCCAAAGAAUGUCUAUGUAUAACUUAUAUACAGUCAAAAGUCGUUAAUCCGAACACCCAUAAUCCGGAAUGAUCUAUAAUCUGGACCUCAAAACUACAAAUUUUCUGCGCAUGCAUCAACGCAUAAUGUGUUCACGCACACGAAUAGGCGUUAACGCAUGCCCGUUUAAUGUAUAACGGACGGUAUGAGCUAAGCUAAAAUUAUCUAAUUAUCUAUUUCAUUUAAUGUUGCAGAUUGUGUUGUUCCUUAAUCUUAUAAUUGGAUCUGGUUUAUUAUUUUUUGCAGA